AAUCUUCACAUGAUGAUCCUCAUCUAUUAGGCAAGCUCCAACCUGUCAAAGCAUUGACACAGCUGAUCCUAACAGCUUUCUAAAUAGUAUCCAAGAUGAUUUAGGGUUGGGAACUAUGACUCAGGAUUUUUCUUCAGUUCCGGAUUCACAAGGAAUGCAUCAAGAAGAACAUGAUCAAAGAAAUUUGGGUGGAUUCAUUCCUACGAAUAUUCAAAUGUUUCCCCAUGGAUUGGUCUCUUAUCCUUUGGCCCACUAUUUUUCUGGCAUUGAAUUAGCCUCAAAUGCAGAGAAUCCAAUUGAGCCCAGUAGUAGUAAUUUUAGUUCUCAAGAAAUUGACCCUGGGGGAGUGGAACACGAGUUAUGGCAUGAACAGGAAAGAGGUUCUAAUGGUGGUUUUGAUUUUGAAAAUGGAAGUUUUGAAAUGCUUCAGUCAGAUGAUAAACAGCCUUCAACUUCAGCAAGGUCUAGGGUUGGCAGCUCUGGUAGUUCUACUAAAGCCCAUCAGAAGUUUACAAAAGAAACUCGAGUACCAAGAGAACAUCGUCUAAAUGUUUUCAACUAUCAAGAUAAUAGAGCUAGUGAUGUUUACUUAGAUAAAAGAGCUAUGAGUUCUGGAUCCAUGCCUGCUUCACAUACUAGUUCAAUCAGGAGUAAAACCUCAUCAGAAGCUUAUUGGGAAGAGUCAUCAACAAGGGUCUUUAAUCCUGCUAGGGAGAAACAAGGUAGGAAAACAGAUGCUUCUGUGCUUCCUUCUGCUGUAUGUGUGAAUGGUAAGAGUUUAUCUGGGCAUUCCUUGCAGGUAGAUGAUGAUGCCGAUCCGCCAUCAAUACUGGGCGCUGAAAUGGCUGAAAGAACUAUUGGCUUUGGACCUCAACCGGAUGGUUUGUUUCCUAAUCAAAAGCAUCAAAUGCCUGGAUUUGAGGAAGCUCAGACAAGCAGAUCAGAUCCACUGUUUCGUAUUCCUCCAUUCCUCUCAGGUCCAAGUUCGGGCCGAAGAACAAUGGAUAAGUCUGUAGUUCCUCCCUUGGCCUUCACGGUAACAGGACCACCAUUUCCAUUUUUGUUCUGUCCUGUGUGCAACAUUCUAGAAGAAAAAGGAACUCCAGAUGCAUCAACAAGCCCUUUUAGUUGGGAUGAAGGUUUGGAUAACAAUGAUUCUGGUAAAUUUUUUGAAUCAUCCGAGGGACUUGAUCAGCCUGAGGUGUCAAGUACUUCUAGUUCUAUGAAAAAGGUUUCAUCUCUUGAAUCAUCUGAGCAUAAAUUUGACAUUCUUAAAGGUGACAUUGCUAAUCAUUGGCAAAAUUUGCAGUAUGGACGGUUUUACCAAAAUUCUAGAGAUCCUCCAAUGUUGAUUUAUCCUUCACCCGUUAUGGUGCCACCGGUCUAUUUACAAGGUCAUUUCCCAUGGGACGGUCCCAGGAGACCUCUUUCUACCAACAUGAAUCUCUUUUCUCAACUUACAAGUUAUGGGCCUCGUAUUCUUCCUGUUACACCCCUCCAAUCUGUUUCGAACAGACCUGUCAAUGUAUUCCCAAGGAAUGUUGAUGAAAUUCCAAGAUAUCACAGUGGUACAGGGACAUACCUGCCAAACCCUAAAGUCCCUAUGACAGAACGCCAUUCUGCAAAUACAAGGAGGGGAAAGUAUAAUUACGACAAAAAUGGCUACCAUGGUGAUAAAGAAGGGAAUUGGAAUGCCAAUACAAAGUCACUAACUGCUUGGCAUAGCCAUGGUCGCAACCGAGAUGAAAAAUCAAGGUCUUGGGGCUCACAUAAACAUGUUUCGCUUACAUCGUACCAGUCUCGGAAUGGACCAGUCUGCUCAAACCCUUCACAAAGUAGUUCUGCUAGCAUGCCAUAUGGCAUGUACCCACUACCAGCCAUGAAUUCGAAUGGGGUGUCAUCUAAUGGGCCUUGUUGUAUUCCAUCUGUUGUCAUGUUGUGUCCUUAUGAUCAUAAUUCUAGUUAUGAUAACCCUGCUGAACAACUAGAAUUUGGCUCUCUUGGACUGGUGGGUUUCUCGAGAAUGAAUGAAAUAUCACAGCUAAGUGAUGGGAUUUGCUCAAGUGGUGUAUAUGAGCAAAGGUUUCGUAGUGCUCUGCACAACAGUUGUCACUGGACCAGCCUUCUCCGCCCACCUCCUGAGGUACUAUCUCUUGUUUGUCUGAAAUAUAGUUUCUUUCGAAGAUGUUGCAAAACCGGUCUACAUGAAAACUACUCUGCAAAAAGUGGAUUUUCUGAUCGAGUGAAUCUUAGCGAGUGUUCUCACGAGAUGGUGUCAUCCAUGCUUCUUGGCUUGUGCUUGUAUGUACACCACGACCGACGAAAACCAUUUUUGAAGUUGCCUGGUUUUUCGAGGAUAGCGACAGAGUAAUGGCGAAAGGAAUGCAGGAUACAGAAUAGUGGUUAGUGUUUCAGUUUAGGGUUAUACACACUGUAAUUGAAAUAGGGUUGCUUUAGUAUUGCAUCUAAGUUCUACAUAUCAUGUUAUAAACC